AUGCGUGGUCGUUUUGCAAUUAGACUUCCUGUUCUACGGAUUCGCCUAUUCUUGCAGUUUAUCCUUGGGGUGCUCAUUAUUUCGUUGUCUGUUACUACGUCACUCCUUUCCAUUACACUCUUUCUGCUACGUGAAGAUUUCUCACAACCUUGGCGUAAUUUAAGUGAGAGCACGAAAAAUGGAGAAGAUGGCUUCUCAUGUAAACUGCACGUAUCCAAAUUGCUACAGUCUGACGAGUCUGCCGCGCUGAAUCUUACCAACAAAUCACUGAUAAUAGUACGAUCUGUACUUCUUCUUCAACAUGAUGGAUUGUAUCUAAAGAUUUUGUUUCUGAAAAAGUGUGAAACGAACGUGAGUGAUGUACGUCUACAAAUUGACUUCAAACGAAUUUUAUGUCCUGCGGUAAAACAUAUUGAAAGUGAUGAAUGUCCAUGGGAUUGGGCUCCAGGAUGUGCAUGGUCGUCCUUUAUUGCAAGUGCAAGAUUGGAUUUCGUCCCCAGUCAUAUUCUUGCAAGACGGGGAUCAUAG